AUGACCUUCAACACAGUGAAAAGGUUAUUCUUGAAAAUUGUUCAAUCUUCAUGCUUUGCAGAUGAGCUUAAACUGCUAGCAGAAUCUAAAGAUGGAUUAUUGAGGGUAGGAGGCAGGCUUGCACACAGUGAGCUUGAGUAUGAUGCGAGGCACCCACUGAUUCUGCCCAAGGACUCCCCUGUUUCCAAACUACUCAUACAUUGGCAACAUGAAAAAUCAGCACACAGUGGUCGCUAUUAUGUAUUAAGUCAUCUUAGACAGAGGUAUUGGAUAUUGGGUGCAGGCCCUUUAUUAAAGAAGAUAACAUCUACCUGUACUGUGUGCCGACGUCUUGCACCCCGACAAUUGGCGCAGCUUAUGUCAGACCUACCUGCUGAUAGACUUAGCCCAAAUAAACCACCAUUUACACAUUCAGGGGUCGACUGUAGUCGUAGUGAUGUGAAGCAUUACGGAGGGAUUUUCACCUGUCUGAUAUCUCGAGCUGUCCUUUUGGAAGUUGUGAAGACAAUAAAUAUAUCCUCUUUCGUUAUGGCCCUCUUCAGGUUUUGUGCUAGAAGAGCAGAGAGGGAUUUAAAGCAGGAGCUUGUUCAACUCGACCAGUCACAAAUGCAAGAAGACAUGCUUAAAGAAGGUUUCUCUUGGGUGUUCAACCCACCAGCAGCUUUUCACUUCGGUGGGGUGUGGGAGCACCAAAUAAGAUCAGUUAGGCGCAUCCUAUUAGCUCUCCUCCGCCAGCAGAAGUUGACUCAUGAGGGAUUAGAGACACUCAUGUGUGAGGUGGAAGCUAUCUUAAAUAGUCGUCCAUUAACCAAAUCCUCAGAGGAUUCACAAGAUGCUGAGCCUAUUACUCCUAAACAUCUACUUACUCUGAAAGGUCCCUUAGCACCCCCUGGCGAGUUUUUAAAGGAAGAUCUUUACAGGGCACUAUCUGGAAAGAGUACAGUGGAGCAAGAAAAGAACAGGGGCGCAUGGGGAUCGAAUUUCCUUGGAGGUCAUGGCAGCUCCCGGAAAUGUGAUGAACUAUAA